AUUUCAGUGCUGCUAAGCCUCAACGUAAUCGCUCCAGCUGCAAGAAACAGCAGCCAAAUCUACUUUUAAAAAAAUCACAUCUACAGUCCUAAGUAGAGUAGGAUAUGUCGAAAAAAUGGAGUGAUAUAUAAGAUGAGAUAACUAAAAAUGAAAAGGUUCAAUUAUAUUGAUUCGAUCAGAGUUUUUAAAAAAAUCAACAAGAACAACAAUAAAAGCGAAACUUCAAAAGUUAAAUGGGCUGUGAGGUAGCGAGAGUUUAUAUGUCGAUUAUUUACGAACUCGGAAAUCAUCGCAGCUAACAGGAUAUAGAUCUAUUGCUUCGAACUUAUCAAUUUCACCCUCUGUAACCAUAGACUUCAGCAGUUUUAUUCAACGUAUACAAGUGUUGUGUCAUCACCGUAUUUUACAGGAAGCUUCACCGUUUAUGACACACAUCUUGAUUAUAAAUUUGACAAUUUUUCUCUUUUGUUUAUUUAAAGAAGAAUUUUUUCGAGGGUUUGUUUUCGAAACUAUAAAACAUCUUACGUCUAAAAAUACAGCCAGCAGUCAGUUAGCCAAAGUGAAUAGCCACUCCACUCUCCCACCCCACCACUGAGUAGCAUCCGCCUGUUAUCUUGUUUUAUUUUCUGUAAUUUGUGUCCUGUUUCUCUGAUUCCUGUAUUCGAUAUCUUAACCUUCGAAAUCAAAUUUAUUUUCGACAAUGAAUUCCCAACCGAAUAGUAUACCUAAAAUCCAGCUUCCACCGAUGACAAAUGAAACCACGGCCAGUGUUUUAUCGUGGAGAAAGCUGUAUCUCGGUCGAGCUAAAUUGAAAGCCUCAAGUCGUACAUCAGCACUUUUAUCAGGAUUCGCAAUGGUUGCUAUGGUUGAAAUACAAUUUGAAGAAAAAUCACCAUUGCCAGACUGUCUUCUAGUUGCGUUUAGUGUCUGCACAACAUUACUUGUUGCUGUCCACUUAAUAGCUCUGAUGAUCAGUACAUGCAUACUUCCUAAUAUCGAGGCUGUGAGUAACAUGAAUUCUUUCUCUGCUGUGAAAGAAUCCCCACAUGAAAAGAUGCGAUGGUAUAUAGAAAUGGCUUGGGGAUUCUCCACUGGUCUGGGAACUUUGCUGUUUCUUGUUGAAAUUGCAAUAUUGUCUUGGGUUAAGUUCUAUAAACCUAGCGUUAACGCGGCUAUGGCAUCCACAGCACUUGUCAUUCCAGUUUUGAUUCUAUUUAUUAUAUUUGGAAUUCACUUCUACAAGCGCUUGGUCGCUCACAAGUAUGAACAUACUGAAAGAGAACUACAAGAAUUGAAAGAACUUGUCAUCAAGAUAGACCAAGACAUAUCUUUACCAAUCACUCCUGGUCGAGUAUCACCUUGAGAUUGUUAACUUCUUUGUUUUAUUUUUCUCUUUUGAUUACAUACCACCUACUAAAAUGUUCUGGAUGCUAUGGAUUGUAAAAUUCUACCAUGAAUGCAAUCUAUCUUUACCAUGCCAUUGUAAUAUGAAACUACAUUGUGAUAUACUCAUGAUGGUAUUUAUUUCUUCCAAAAGCUUUUAUUGUUGUUAUUGUUGCUAUUAUUAGUUUAUAUAUUUUUUGUUUAUUUUGUUUUUAUUGUUCAUAUUUUUAUAUAUUAAAAAAAAUUGUUUUUUUUUUAUAAUUUUAUCAUUAUCUUUUAUGAGAUGAGAAAAAUGAUUUUGGUCUAGAAAUAUACUUUCUAAACUGCUUUCUGAAUUGUGUGUCUGUGUGUGUGUAAGAGAAAGAGAGAGACAGAUAGACAUAGAAAGAGAGAGACAGAUAGACAUAGAAAGAGAGAGAGAGAGAAAGAGAAUUUACAUACUUCAGAAAAUAGUUUAUAUUGUCUUGGAACUGUUAUGAUUUAUAUAUAUAUAUAUAUAUAUAUAUGCGCACACAUAUGUGUGUGUAUAUCUUGCUUUCCUUUUUCCUUUUUUAAUGGAUUGAAUACUCCAUGUUGAAAGUCGCAAUGAUGCAAAUGAUUUAUAUUUUCAUAAAAUAUAUAUAUAUAUAAAUAGAUAUGUGUAUAUAUUUUUCAUGAUG